AUCGGCGUCAUCAUCUAUUCACAGCAGCAUUCAAAUUCAAGAUUCACAAAUUCAGAUUUGAGCGACGACGUGAGCCACGUGGCGUGAUUGCGCGUUAUUGGAAGAAGUGCAACAACACGACAAGACAGCGCGGAAGAGCUUUGGUUAGCGUGCGCGCGCGCUCGCAUGCACACACACACACACACGCGCGAACCAAAGGGCCGCCAAGGACGAGAUGAGAGCAGCGAAGGAUCAUUCAAUAAUUGCGAUCUGUGACGUGAGAUUUGAUUGCAUGGGUUAUAAUUGCCAUAAUCACUGACUGCACUCGGCGCUGGCACAACACGCACGCUGCUUCAAGUCCCACUCCAUCACACCCAAUCCAUUCCAUUCCAUUGCCCCCCAAAGCACGCACACACCAUGGCACGGAUCAAGCGCAUCGCGACAGCUUCUGCGCCUGUCAACAUCGCAGUGGUCAAGUAUUGGGGAAAGAAGGACACAAAGCUGAUCCUGCCCACCAACGACAGUCUCAGCGUCACGCUGGAUCAGGAUCAUCUAAGGAGCUUGACUAGCAGCGCUGCUGUCGAGGUGGAGGAGGAGGAGGAGCAGGGCGAAUCAGCAUCAGCAUCAGCAGCAGCAGCAGCAGCAGCAGCAAGCAAGGACAGGCUUUGGUUGAAUGGUGUAGAGGAGGAGAUUGGAAGCGAGGGCAGACUGCGCACCUGCAUCGACGAGCUCCGAAACGCUAGGCGAAAGGUGGAGGGCGAGGAUGGUGGUGUGGAAAAGAUCGCCCACUUGCCGCUACACAUUGUCAGCGAGAACAACUUUCCAACGGCUGCGGGUCUAGCAUCAUCCGCCUCGGGCUUCGCAGCCCUGGUCUGGUCCAUCUCUUCGCUCUACCAACUCAACAGCGAUUCAGGCGGGCAUCUUUCCACAUCUGCGCUUUCUCGCGUCGCGCGUCAAGGAAGCGGAUCGGCGUGCAGGUCCCUGUUCGGCGGGUUUGUAGCUUGGCAAGGAGGUGAGGCAAAGGAUGGAUCGGACAGUCUGGCGCUUCAAGUGGCGGAGAGGGAACAUUGGAAGGAUCUGCACGCCAUCAUUUGCGUCAUCAGCGAUGCCAAAAAGGGCACGCCUUCCACUGCAGGUAUGCAGAGGACCGUUCAGACUUCUGCAGCUUUGCAGUCCCGCAUCUCUCACGUCGUGCCAGAGAGGAUGCAGAGAAUCACGAGCGCGAUCAAGCAAAGGGAUUUCGAUGCGUUUGCAAAAGAGACGAUGAGGGAUUCCAACAAUUUCCACGCUACGUGCCUCGAUACCUCUCCUCCCAUCUUCUACCUCAACGAUACCAGCAGGCUCGUCAUUCAGCUCGUCGAGGAGCUCAACAGGAGCAGCGAGCAAGCUGGAGCUGGCGCAGGAGCAAUUGCGGCCUACACGUUCGAUGCGGGACCCAAUGCCGUGCUCUACGCACCAGAGAAGAAUGUCCCGUUGGUCCUAUCCCUCAUCCGGCAUUACUUUCCCAAUGCCGACUUUGACGAUCCCUUCAAGUUGCUCCCCAGCCUGCCACGAGACGGCUUGUCGUCGGCAGACUUGCCCAGCACCUUUAACAAGAGCGUCAUUCCAGUCUCGGAGGCGGGUGCGGUUCGAAGGUUGAUUCACACCAGGGUAGGCGAUGGACCGAGAAUCUUGGGUGCUGGCAGCAGUUCUACGGACGACGACACGCAUCUCAUCGGACAAGAUGCGCUGCCUAUCAGACUGCAGAGGGUGAAGCGGGUAUAAAGCUUGAUCAUGCCUCGAAACGCGUCUUGGUGUGGGGCUGGCUGCAUGAAGAUUCCGAACGCGUUUGGCGCGGCCCCUCCGCCGAAUCCCAAUCGUGAAAGUAAAUAUGCAUUGCCACGAUACAAAAGACUACGUGUG